UAGGAGGAGACUCGCGCACAGUGCAAGUUUACGAAGCAAUCAUAGUGCAAUUGCGGGCAAAGUGACACAUAGCAGACUGAAUGGUAAAAAGAGGUGAAUUCAAGUUCCACAAUUGCCUUCUACAGCGGAAUGUUCACUCGAAGAGGCUAUGGAGACGUCAAGAAAUCUACACAGAAAGUUCUGGACCCAAAGAAGGAUGUUUUAACACGGCUAAAGCAUCUCCGUUCACUACUAGAUAUCACCGAGAAGAGUGAACUGAAGACGUUGUUUGAAAGCAAUUGCUCGCAGAUUUAUUUUAUCUUCUAUGAAAAUUUCAUUACACUGGAAAGUAACUUAAAACAAAAAGGGAACAAAUCACAACGGGAGGAGCUGGACUCUAUCCUGUUUAUUUUUGAAAAAAUUCUUCAGCUUCUACCCGAAAAAAUCAACAGUCGAUGGCAGUUUCACAGUAUAGGGUCGAUUCUCAAGAAGCUUUUGCACACUGGAAACUCUUUUAAGAUCCGCUGUGAGGGGAUCCGCCUGUUCCUGCUGUGGCUGCAGGCCCUGCAGAGUAACUGUGCUGAGGAGCAGCUGCUGAUCUUUGCCUGCCUGGUGCCAGGCUUCCCCGCCGUGCCCUCCUCCCGCGGACCCUGCACACUGGACACCAUCAUAUACAACCCCUUCUCAAACCCCCCUGAUGCCAAGGUUGUGCCUGAAGAGAUCACGCCACUGGUGCCCGCCACUCCUGGAGAGAAGGUAGCUGACGACCAGACGUGCUACGUCCUCCAAACGGUCCUGAAGUUCAUGGUAGUCCAGGCGUCUAGUUUAGAGUGGAAGAAUCGAGAACACCAAGACUCCGGGUUCCGUUUCCUCUUCUCCCUCUUCAAGAAGUACUACUUGCCUCACCUCUUCCCCUCCUUCACCAAGCUCACCAACCUCUACAAGCCUUUACUAGAUCUGCCGCACCACCGGCCAAAGCCGCUGUACGUGCCGGUGACGCGCAACAAUGAGAGCACAUUCUGCACGCGCGACCAGUACCUGGCCCCCCGCGUGGCCUUCAUCACCUGGCUCGUUAGCUUCUUCCUGGAGAAGAAGUACGUCAGCUCUGCACCCCUCACCACCAAGAAUGGUGGAGAGGUGCUCCCUAAACUCAUCCAGACGGUCACUGCGGGCAGUGUCAGUCAGGAGAGGAGUGGCUCCAUCUCGGAGACUCUGGAGGCCAACGGGCCGAGCGGGGUCGGCAGCAGCGGGGUCGGGGGCAUGGGGUCCGGCUCUGGGGGUGGCGAGGCGGACAAGAUCCACUCCAACAGCAGCACGCUGACGGACCGGCGGGCUAGCAGCUCCAGCCUGUGCAGCGUGGAGGAGGAGCACCGGCACGUCUAUGACAUGGUGCACGCCAUCCUGCUCUCCACCCGCGACAACGUCAACUUCGUCAACGAGGUCUUCCACCAGGCGUUCUUGUUGCCGUCGUGCGAGGUGUCGGCCAUCCGCAAGGUCAUCAAGGUGUACAGGAAGUGGAUCCUGCAGGACAAGCCGGCCUUCAUGACGGAGCCGGAGAAGAGCAGCCAGGAGGACGAGCCGGACGACCUCAGCCCCAUCAUGACCGAGACCGACAGCGUACACACUCAGAUGCUAGAGAGUCACGGGCACAAGCGCUCGUCCAGCUGGGGCCGCUCCUACUCCUUCAGCAGUGCCAUCAGCAGGGGGAACCUCACCGAGACCGAGCACAACCAGCUCGUCCAGGCCGGCGUUCAGCCCACGCUACAGGUGUUCCUGACCAACUCUGCGAAUGUGUUUCUGCUGGAGCCGUGUCAGGACGUGCCCAAGCUGCUGGAGAACCAGGUGGAGGUGUGCAGAGCAGUGCUCUCCAUCUACAGACACAUGAUCAUGGAGCUCAGCAUGGACCGCCAGACAUGGGAGCAGAUGCUGCAGGUGCUGCUGCGGAUCACGGAGGCUGUGAUGAAGAGGCCGUCCGAGGGGGACAAGAAGGACGCCUUUGCCAAGGACCUCGCCGGAGUCCUCUUCAGAACGAUCAUCGUGGCGUGGGUGCGGGCCAACCUGAGCGUGUUCAUCUCUCGUGAUCUGUGGGACGAGCUGCUGCGUGUGCUGUCCUCCCUCAGCCACUGGGAGGAGCUGGUGUGCGAGUGGGCCAGCAUCAUGGACUCCCUGACGGUGGUGCUGGCCCGCUGCGUCUACGGACUGGACCUCAACAACCUGCCCCUCGACAAGCUGUCCGAGCAGAAGGAGAAGAAGCAGCGUGGCAGGGGAGUCAUCCAGGACUCCCAGCGGAGUGCUGCGGUGAACCGCUCCUUCUCGCUGAGCUGGCGGGGGAACGGGGAGCCGCCCCCAGGGGGCCAGGAGCCCAUGAGGUUCCGCAGCGCCACCACCUCCGGGGUGCCGGGAGUGGAGAAGGCCCGCAACAACGUCCGACAGAAGGCCUCAGCUAAGCGAAGCCAGUCUAUCAGCAACUGUGUGCACCUCUACGAGGCUUUGCCCACUACUAAAAGCGUUCCUAUGCUCCUCCACACUGUCAGCUCUUUCUUGCCUGGUAUCACUACCAACUCUCUCUCUCACCGACUCUCAGACCUUGAGGAGUGCCAGAUAUCGGAGAGUGGUGGCGAGGGGGAGGGCGAGGGCGAGGGCACUCUUCUCCGCAGCAGCAGCACGUCAGACAUCACCCAGCAGCUCACAGACUCCUUCCCAGGUCAGCGGAGAGAGGACUCUCCUAACAUGGGUAGUGCCGAUGGGAGGACGUCCACGUCCGAGACCGGCUCCACAGGGAGAAGAGACAGCGGACCUCCUGCUAUUCUGAUUCGGCGCAGCAGCAGUCCAUCUGACCAAGACCAUUCAGAGACACAGCCCACAUUUGUGCGGACGAAACUUCGGGAAAAAAGCGAGAGCAUAAGCAGCGAGACAUCUAAUGGCUACCUCAACGAUGCUGACGUGACGCUGCUGGCCUGGCAGGCCUUCGAGGAGGAGCCCGAGUCCCCUCCGCCCAACGACCUCCACGCAGACGCAGACCACCAGCGCAGCCUCCUGCUCAGCCACACGGAGGCGCUAGCAGGUUCUGAGUCUCCCCCUCCCCCAUACUCCCUACGCCCCCCUGCCUCACCGGCUUUGCUGGUGCCCACCGGCUACCGUGACGGCACCCAGCUAUUGGAAGACGCCAUGCAAACCGCCCUGCACAUGCCAGAGGACCUGGACAGCAGCGAGUUCUUGGCUGACGACGUGAGCAUCAUCGCUGGGGGCAGCCUGACGGGUUGGCACGCCGACUCGGCCUUCGUCCUGUGGAGGCGGAUCCUGGGCAUCCUGGGGGACGUCAACACCAUCCAGUGCCCGCGCAUCCACGCCAAGGUGUUCAGCCACCUCUACGACCUCUGGCACAAGCUGGCAAAGAUUAGAGACAAUCUGGGCAUCAGUGUGGACAACCAGUCCUCUCUCCCUCAGCCCGUCUUCAUCCCUCCUCUGCGCAUGCUGGCAUCAUGGCUUUUUAAGGCCACCAUGUUGCCGUCAGAGUUCAAGGAGGGGAAGCUGCAGGCGUACAGGCUGAUCUGUGAGAUGAUGACGAAGCACCAGGACGUUCUGCCCAACAAGGACUUCCUGGUGCACCUGUACCACGUCAUGCACAAGGGAUUCACCAGCGACGACCAGGAUGUGUUGAACACGGUGAUCCGGUGGUGUUCGCCGCGGUUCUUCUUCCUGGGUCUGCCGGGUUUCACCAUGCUGGUGGGAGAUUUCAUUACAGCAGCCGCUCGCAUCCUCAGCACAGAGUCCUUCGAGGCUCCGAGGAUAGAGGCUCAGACGGUGCUGGGCUCGCUGGUGUGCUUCCCCAACCUCUACCGGCAGAUCCCCUCCCUCAUGUCCACACCCGGCUCCGAUGACAUAGUGAUCGGGGAAGAGGACAUCAAGGAGUUUCUGGUGAAUGUAUUACUGACAACUGCACGCAGUGAGCCCAGCGAAGGAGCCAGGUGUAUAGCCAUCUGCAGUCUGGGUGUGUGGGUGUGUGAGGAACUUGUGCAGCAGAACAUCCCCCAUCAGGUCAAAGAUGCCAUCAACGUCCUGGGGGUCACGCUGAAGUUUGGGAAUAAGGCCGUUGCGCAGGUAGCGUGUGACGUUUUCCAGCUCUUCAUCUGCCAUUGGCAGCAUCUGCAGAGACUAGAGCAGUCCCUGCCCAAGAGGAUCAUUGAGAUAUUCGUGGCCACCAUAGCUUUCCUCCUACCCAGUGCUGAGCAUUCGACAAUGGAAGCAGACAAAAAGCUGAUGGUGUCUCUGUUGCUGUGCCUGCUGGACUGGUGCAUGGCCGUCCCCCUGGUCACCCUGCUGGAGCCCAUCACCAUGCCCGUCCUGGAUGACCCCGCAUCCCAGAAGACACCGCUGCUGGACUACAUCUACAGGGUUUUACACUGCUGUGUUUCGGGAUCCAACCUCCAUACCCAGCAGAGCCACUACCUCCUCAGCCUGGCUGACAUCUCCACAGACUACGACCCCUUCCUCUCUCUGGGCCAGGUCAAGAGCACGGACCCCCCACUUCAGUCCACUGCCGGGGACUUAGGCAACCUGCUCACAGUGGCUGAAGAGAAGAAGAGGCGAAACAUGGAGCUAAUCCCGCUGACAGCCCGAAUGAUCAUGACGCACCUUGUGAACCACCUGGGCCACCACCCGCUCAGUGGCGGGCCCGCGCUGUUACACAGCCUCAUCAACGAGAACCACGACAACCCUUACGUGGAGUCCUCCGAACUGUCGUCUGAGGUGUUCAAGAGCCCCAACCUGCAGCUUUUUGUGUUCAAUGACAGCACGUUAGUCUCGUACCUCCAGAUUCCCACCGAGAACUCCGUCUCAGUGCCUGGAACCAACAGCGGUCACCCGAAGGACCACUCAGCCCCUUCGUCGGAAGUUCGUGUCAUUGUACGGGACAUAUCGGGGAAGUACUCUUGGGACGGUGGCGUCCUUUAUCGGACUAUUGAUGGGCAUGUCGCCCCACAUCGGGGUGGUAGCAGCAACGGCGGCGGUGGUGGAGAGGCUGAUCCUGCCGACCUCGCCAACCUCUCACCGCUCUCCAUCCGGCAGUCCUCUCAAGGCGACCCUUCCCCGUGGAUGUCCGAGGUGGAGGACGAAGAAGUGUUCGAGGAGACGGACGAAGGUGUGGACGCAUUGGACCAUCUCCUGGAAGAGCUGGGACACAGCAGCCCUGAGUGUCUGCCCCAGCCCCGGCUGAAGCUCACCCAGCCUGCGCCCUCUCCCCUGGGCAUGAACCUGGAGCAGGAGGCCUCCAUCAUGGAGGCCAUCCAGCGGCAGACGUCUCAGGAGGAAGAGGAGCUGGCCAGGCGGAAGUGCGGAGACCCCAGCGUCAGGGCGGCUCAGCAGAAGGAGCCCACGUACCAGGAGCCCAAAGCUCCCUUCUAUUUCUGCAGGCUGCUGCUGAAUGACCUCGGCAUGAACUCCUGGGACCGCAGGAAAAGCUUUCAUCUCCUGAAGAAGAACUCAAAGCUCUUAAGGGAACUUAAGAAUUUGGAUUCGAGGCAAUGUCGAGAGACGCACAAGAUUGCCGUCUUCUACAUUGGCGAGGGACAGGAGGACAAGUGCUCGAUAUUGUCCAACACUGAGGGCAGCCAGGCCUACGAGGACUUUGUGUCUGGACUAGGAUGGGAGGUGGACCUGGCGACACACUGUGGCUUCAUGGGGGGUUUGCAGAGGAACGGCAGCACGGGGCAGACGGCCCCUUACUACGCCACCUCCAACGUGGAGGCCAUCUUUCACGUCUCCACACGCAUGCCCUCUGACAACGAGGACUCGCUCACCAAAAAGCUUCGUCACCUGGGAAAUGACGAGGUGCACAUCGUGUGGUCGGAGCACACCAGAGACUACCGGCGCGGCAUCAUCCCCACCGACUUUGGAGACGUGCUCAUCGUCAUCUACCCCAUGAAGAACCACAUGUUCUUCAUCCAGCUCAUCAAGAAGCCACAGGUGCCGUUCUUUGGUCCUUUGUUUGAUGGUGCCAUCGUGACCGGUACGCUGCUGCCUAGUCUGGUGCGGGCCACCUGCAUCAACGCCAGCCGAGCGGUCAAGUCCCGCCUGACGCUCUACCAGAGCUUCUAUGAGGAGAGGGCACUCUACCUGGAGGCCAUCAUCCAGAACCAUCGGGAGGUCAUGACCUUUGAGGACUUUGCCGCACAGGUGUUCUCACCGUCGCCGACCUACUAUACCAUGAGUACCACAGGAUCCCUAAGUGGCAGCACCAGCACUGAGCUGCCCAUCACCACUGCCGUGCCCAGCGCCUCCUCCUGCGCCUCCUCCUCCUCCGGCGCCACCACAGCAGCCGGAGGAGACUCCGUCGACCAGGUGUCCCCCACCAUGCCCCGCGCCACCAAGAACAGGGUGUCCGGCAAGCUGCGCCGCUCCGCCAGCGCCAUCAGCAAGUCCUCCAACUGAGCCCCCAUCUCCUCUCCUCUCCUCUCUUCCGCCCUCAAACACGCUCACACACGUGUGCGUGUGCGUGUGCGUGUGUGUGUGUGUGUGUGUGUGUGUGUGUGUGUGUGUGUGUGUGUGUGUGUGUGUGUGUGUGUGUGUGUGUGUGUGUGUGUGUGUGUGUGAGACAAAGAGAGACAGAACAGAUAUGCACGCAGUCUUUCUUUCUCUCUCUCCUCCAACUGAGCCCCCCUCCCUCCUCUGCCCCUUUACCACACACUCAAACCAAUACACACACUUAUUCACACACGUGAGUGAGAAAACACUCGCACACACACUCUCUCUUGCGCUCUCUCUCUGUCCCAAACUCACCCAAUGCCUCCAUGAUGCCUCUGUGUCUCUCCUGCCAACACCCACCUCAACUCAUCCACCCUCAAGGCUGCAAUGUUCCAUUUUAAAUGUGUGAAAUUAUUCUAAUGUGUUUGUCUGUCUCUGGCAUUUUGUUUGAUUGUUUUUGUUUAUGAAAAAGAAGAAAAUGCUCUUUGUCCUACACUGGUCAUAAAUAACUGGAGAAAAGGAUGGAUUCGUGGAUGAAUUCCUGUUGUAAAAGGACUUCCUUGGUUCAUUGUGUAGUAGAUGAAGUCUUUGCUACUGUCACAUAUGUGAGUUGGUUUUAGAGAAUCACAUUAAAAUCACUAUGUUUGAUGACAAAUGACAAUUUCACAAACUACUCAAAUAAGGAAGAAACAAAAUUGGGAAAAUUAUGGACAACUCUGGCGGUACCGUUCUGUACGUGCUUGAGUAAGCAUACCAAGAGCUGAAUCAGUUUUAUGUAUGUCUUCAACUAUGUCCCAGUUAAUUUAUAUGGGUGAUCUUAUAUUGUGUUGUAAUGUCAUGGGAUUGUGUGUGAAUGGUCAUGAUUGAUUGCUGAGUGAUUGUGUUGCGUAAAAUGUGUAAUGAUCUGAUCCUUUUGAAGUUUUCCUGUGCAUCGUUGAAGGUUGCAACAGAUAGAGGGGGAAAUCACUAAUUAACUGAAGUGAAUCGUGUUUCAGUUUCAGCUAUCAUGUAUGAUUUUUUAGCUUAGUUACAUAAAUUCUUGUGGCUAUUUUCAUGUUUUUUGCUGCCAAUUUCAUGCUUUUUUUUCCUACGAGGAAAGAAACGAAAUCGACUGUGCAAAUACCAGUAGUUCUUUCUUGUGGGGUUACGAAGGAAAUGUUCGUCUUGAAAUCUUGUACAUUGAAAAAAGAUAUGUAUUCUUGUCUUUCAUCAUGAUUUUUGUGUGAUUUUUCUGCUCGACAUUCCAAUGUGUCCAGUUGGGGUUUUUAAAACUCUCUGGACAGUAAUGUAGGAUAUUCAAGAUUGUUUUGUCUUCACACCCUUCUUGUCUUUUCUCUCUCAAAUGUAAAUUGCUUUAAAAUUUUAUCAGAUUUUUUUUUGUUUUGUUUUGUGUUGUGUAUAUAUACAGAGUAAUAUUUGCUGACAUUUUUUGCCAUUAUAUUUGACUAGAUGUACAUGAGCUGACUAGAUGUGAUAGCCACUGGAUCCUCAGGUGAUUCUUAACUCCAUGCACUGGUGUGGGUGUGGGCGUGUGUGCAUGUGUGCGUGCGUGUAUGAAUGUGCGUGUGUGCGUUUUGUGUGCGUAUACAAGCGUGUCUUUCCAUCUAUGUUUGAAUCUAUGUGUGUUUGUUUUGGUGUGUUAGGCAGGGAGAUGGGCCUUGCCAGAGUGCAAUGUGUAAUACCUGUCCACCUCCUCCCCAAGCUCCACCUCCACAUCCCCCUCUCCAAUGCCCUUCUGCACUCUUCAUUCAUGCAGCACUUGAGCAGAGACCAUUUGAUUUAUCUCCUCUAUUAGCUCCAAUACACUUGACCAGCAUAGCCACAGAGCCGGCCAUGAAGCCCCGUCAUAGUCCUCUCUCAUCUUCGAUUAUGAGAGAUGCAGAGAAACAAACGAACGGACAGAGAGGGAGGGAGAAAGACCAAUAGACGGAUAGUGAUGGCACACACAUGAAACAGAAAAGAUAAAAACAGCUGCUGUUUCAUUAACUACAAAAAAAGCUCAGCUCCGCUCUGCACCCACUUGUGUGUGAUGUCUCUGCAGACAUUUCAGGCGAGCAGAUGGAGAGCCUUUUGGAAUGACACCCACCCCCCUGCUCACUGCAACAUCUCAACCCCCCAACUCUUAUUUCAUGAGUUGCUUGGCUUCGCUCUGAUUUGAUGCUGAAUUGGAAUGAAAGCACACCUGCUCCACGUCCCUGUGCCCACAUCUCUCCUGAUGCCCUCACCAUGCCAACUAGAUGGGAGUGGGGAAGGAGGAGUUGGAAGGGGAAGGGGAAGGGGGGGUGACGUUGGGGGUGAGGGUCGGAGGACAUGCCAGUGCUGAGCUCUCAGUGUGCUCUUAGCAACCGGCAUGCUGACGCUCGCUGCCACUGAAAACUCCCUCUAAGUCCGCCCAACGCUGCCCUUCUACCCUCACCUCCACCUCCUGUCUGUGCACACACACACACACACGUGCACUCACACAUUCUCCCUUUCUCUGUCUGUCACUCACACACAUAGUCAGCCACACUACCAACCCCCCUCCACCGCCUCUCUCUGUCUCUCUCUCUCUCUCUCUCUCUCUCUCUCUCU